CGUCCAGAGCAGCGAUCGCAGUGAAAACGGAGAGAGAGAUAGACAGAUAGAAAGGGAGAGAGAGAGAGAGAGAAAGAGAGAGAGAGAGAUCCAGAGGCAGGACUGAGCAGACUGAGAGAAAGCAACACUCCUCACCACCACAGUUGGAUAGAUGGAGAGAUUGUGACGGUCUUAAAGAAGCUCCUCAGAUUUCUCCUACAUCCACUGAAGACCACAGGUGUUCCAACAGGCUGACGUAAAACAGAAGACACAUCCAGACAUCUCAUACACUUUGCAGACAUCCUAACGGAAGCACAAAAGUCCCUUCUCUCCGACCAGUUGGCUGUACAUGGAGACCCCCAGCUGGGCAGAAACCAAGCCAGGAAGUGGUCUGUGCAAACCAGGAACCAUUGCUCUGUUUGGUAACGUGGUGUACAGCGGACUGCUCAACGAGCACUUCUGGCACUUCGGGGUUCCCCUCGUCACCAGACUGGGUAACCAAGAGGCCCCAGCCCCCCCUGAAGCCAUGGCCCAGCCCUUCCCACCGGCCCAGUACCCCCCUCCCCCACAGAAUGGGAUCCCAGCGGAGUACGCCACGCCCCACGCCCACCCACCGGCCGACUACACGGGACCCAGCACCGUGGCCGAGCACGCGCUGACGCUGUACACGCCAACACACACACAGAGCGAACAACCAGGAAACGACAGCAACACCCCCACCCUCACAGCCAACACAGUAACGCAGGCGGAGGAGGUUGCACAGACGGAGGGCUCCCAGCAGCUCCACCUGCAGUCCAGUGAUUCGUCGGAGAAGCAGCAGCCCAAGAGGUUACACGUCUCCAACAUCCCUUUCCGCUUCCGAGACCCUGACCUCCGGCAAAUGUUCGGGCAAUUCGGCAAGAUUUUAGACGUGGAGAUUAUUUUUAACGAGCGAGGCUCCAAGGGCUUUGGGUUUGUAACAUUUGAAACAAGUGCAGAUGCCGACCGUGCACGGGAGAAACUAAAUGGUACAAUCGUAGAGGGACGCAAAAUAGAGGUCAACAAUGCCACAGCCAGAGUAAUGACCAACAAAAAGGUGGCGAACCCUUAUACAAAUGGCUGGAAGCUGAAUCCAGUGGUUGGAGCGGUAUAUGGCCCUGAAUUUUAUGCAGUAACAGGGUUUCCCUACCCCAGUACAGGGGCAGCUGUGGCCUAUAGAGGAGCCCAUUUGAGAGGGAGGGGUCGCACCGUCUACAACACAUUCCGUGCUGCGCCUCCUCCUCCUCCCAUCCCCGCCUAUGGAGCUGUGGUCUACCAGGACGGCUUUUACGGAGCAGAAAUAUAUGGAGGUUAUGCAGCGUACAGAUAUGCCCAGCCAGCUGGUACUGCUGCAGCUGCAUACAGUGACAGUUAUGGCAGAGUCUAUGCAACAGCAGACCCAUAUCACCAUACGAUUGGUCCUGCAGCCACAUACAGUGUGGGCACUAUGUAAAUAAAAGAAAGACUAGAGGGAUGAGUACAGAAGGACAUCAACUAAAAAAAGAGAAGAACAAGAAGGACACAGGACACUAAAAAAAGAUCAACUAAAACAAAAAGACCCGAUUUGUAAAGGAGCCCUUCUAUCAAGAGAGAAAGGGAUCUGAGAGGAUGGACGGGGAUGUUUGUGGGCCUGCUGAGGCCAGAACCAUGGAGUCUGUGGUCCUGGGGGGGCGGAGCCUCCUGAGAAACAAGCCUUGCCGAGUGGAAGAGACCAAUUAGAGAAGUUACCAUAAAACAUUUUAUUUUUGUAAACUUUUUUAAGUUUAUGAUUUCCAAAAAGAGCAAACUCUAAUGUAGGUAUAUACAUAUUAUAUAUUAUAUGUGUGUAAUAUAGUAAGUAUGUUUUUAAAAGAAAAAAAGAAGAAGAAGAAGAAGAAGAAGAAGAGGAACUCGGGGGGGUUUGUGAUGUGUCUAUAACUUUAGAAGAGGAAGGUGAGGUGAGGAGAUGCUAGCUUCCCACCACACCUCCACCCUCUGCUUGAUGGUGUGUGUGUGUGUAUGUGUGUGUGUGUGUGUGUGUGUGUGUGUUGAAGGGUGGGGGCAGCUGAUCCAGCACACGUGACUGUUUGAUUGUUCUGGUAAUAUGGAGUAGACUUGAGAAAAUAAAAGGUGUUUGGAGCUGUCUUCCACUGAUGGACUGCAGUAGAGCAGUAAAUAGAUUUGUCAAGCAUUUGUCUACAUUUUAUUUAUACACAGAAAAAACUGGAGUGUUGACAUUUCAGGGUUAAACACGUCAGAGUUGAAGUGUCAUUUUAACACAGCGUUGGAGUUAUUUAACCCAUUGAAGCCUGGAAAGCGGAUCCGUCGUUUUGUAGUAUUUGUAUAAGCUCUCAAAUACUUUUUGAAUUUCGUUUCUAUCUGCUACAGAGGCUGAAAAAUCUAUUAUUUAGUAGAAGCGUUGACACUUCUGUUGAAUUUCCAGAAAAACUUCAGGUUUUAGGGGCUGAUUUUAAAAUCGCCCAGAGGUUUUACAGGAAGUUUUAGGCGUCAAUGGGUUAACAGUGUUAGUCAAGCCCAAACCAAUAAACUUUGUAGAGAUGUAAAGAGCAUAGAUUCUUAAAAAUAAAUGUUUUUGAAAAUGUAUUUUUCUUAGAAUUAAUUAUUAUGUCAUUUUAAUUAUUGUUGUAUUAUAGAGUUAUUAUUUUUCAAACCAUGUAUUGUUAAUUUAACCCAGUUUAGUGAGUUAAAAAGGAACUCUUGACGCAGUUUCAAACCCUGAAAAAGUGUUAAAAUCAACUCCGUGGGAGUUAAUUCAACCCUCCAGUUUUUGCUGUGUAUAGAUUUUUAAAAAAAGAAGAGUGAUGAAUCCGUAUAUUGGUGAGAGAGGAAGGAUUAUUCCAGCGGGUGGAGUCUGCUGGAGGCCUGCUGCCCCUCACAUCACUACCAAAUAUGUCAUUGUGGUGUUGUGGUUUGAGGUGGCUGUGCUGUGUAGUAAACUGUUUUUUUUACAUCGCGUCGAGUCGGGGGAAGGGGGAAGGGUUGGGGUGGGGGAGCCAGCCGGUCUGAGGGAGGGUAUAAAUUAUGAUUCUACGUUGAAGUGUGGUAGGGAAGUCUCCCAUCCGUCCUUGAACACACCUCGACUUCCACCGCCGAGGAGGGAUGGCGAGCUGAGAGCGGGAGGGGGAACAGCCCUAUAUGAAGUCAAAAAAAUGUCACAAGCAAGUUUUACUAAGAGUCUCUUUAAACCUUUCUAUUUAUAUGGAUCUCUACUUUAGUGACAUCCUUCUAUAUUUAAACAUUGUACUAAUAACAUGCUGUCAGGCAUGGUCGGAGAGUCAGUUGUAGCCAUUUACUAAUGUUGUAUUUAUUGUAUUACCAGUAAGGAGAAGAAAACAUUUAUAUAUGAAUAUAGAUAUAUCUAUUUGUGAUCUGCAACUCUUGGACAUAAGUUUGCCUUUGAUUUUCAACUUUCAUGCAGGAUUCAAUGCACUGUCGAUGUAUGAUGAGGUUUCUACUUGUGUGAUGUUUUAUUCAGUUGACAUUCAUUUCUUUUCCUUCAGUUCAGCUACUGAAUGUAUCUUAAAAAACUCAAACUUUUUAGGUAGAUGUUGUUGUUUUAUAUAUACUUAAAAAAAAAACAUACAGUACUAUGUAAAUUAUAUACACGUGUAAAUGAUAUAGCAAAAUGUUUCUGAUAAUAUGCUGGACUUCUUCUUCUUCUGCUGACCCAGAUAGACUGUAAUGCCAUGGCAAAAAAAAAAAAAAGAGUGAGAAAAAAAAGACGAGGGAAGCAUUUAAAAGGAACACCAGUACCUUGCACCAGUGGGAAGCCAGUGGGAGAGACAGAAAUGUGUAAUCAUUACAGGAUCAGUCAGAAUUUUUCUCAGCCAGGCUUUUCAAAUUUGAUAAGAACAAGGAGACGGGGAGCAGAGAGAGGAAGACAGAGGGAGGAGGGAAAGAUAAAAAGACUUUUUUUGAAGUAUAGAUUUUUCUGCGUGUCUGUUCUCGCUCCCUUUGUCUUUCUCCCUUGAAUCUGAGUGCAUCACGGUGCUGGGGGCUAAUGCUACGUGGGGGGUACGGAGGGGGGGGCGGGGCUAAGUCUUCUCUGAGGAACAUGGGGUGGACCAAAUAAGAGAAACGUCCAGUCAUAUGAUAUUGACAUCAUAUCCUGAAGAAAACUGGUUCAAAUGUUCAUCUGUCAGUUUGUUGCUGCACACAACUUGCAAGUCACUGCAGCUGACAAGUUUAAUGUCAUAUUAACACAUGACAAGAGUCUUUAUUUAUGUUGAUUCACUAAUAUUAUUAAGAGGAAAACGAGAAAACAUAACUUGUGUUUUAUUUUUAUUCAUCACUUCAAUAAGAACAGAUUAAAUAACCCCGUAGUAAUUAGUGGAAGUAAGUUUAGCACCCUGGGGUCUCUCCUCUCUAACUCAAUGAGGAUUGUGUGUGGGUUGGUGGUUAGAUAUCUGAAAUAAGUUCUGUGGUUAACACAAGCUGAAGAAAUGUUCGUGUUUGUUGUAUGAUAUAAAAUAUGUUAGAAAAUACUAGAGCUGCAACAGUUAUUUGAUUAAUCGAAUAAUAAUCCAUUAUUAAAUUAAUCGCCAACUAUUUUGAUAAUCGAAAAAUUGGUUUGAGUUGGUUUGACAAGACAAUACGUCCAAAUUCUCUGAUUUCAGCUUCUUCAAUGUGAAUAUUUCUGGUUUCUUUGUUCCUUUAUGACAAUAAACUGAAUAUCUCUUUGGUUUGUGGACAAAACAAGAGAUUUGAGGACGUCAUCUGGUGGUUUGGGAAACACCGAUUGGUAUUUUUCAACAUUUUAUUGACCAAACAACUAAUCGAUUAAUCGUUUAAACAAUCGACAGAUUAAUCGAUAAUGAAAAUAAUCGUUAGUUGCCUAGUAGCCCUAGAAAAUACCCCCACUCGAGAAAGUUUUUACUUGUCCUUAAAACGGCGGUUGCUAACAAGAUGCUAACUGAGACUACAGAGGUUGUCUCUCACUAGUCGGCCUCACAGCCUCUAGUCCUGUUUCUCAGUGCUCUCUUGCUAACUCUUGUGGAUUGUAAAUUAUGUUAAUAAACAAUUUAUUCGGCCACGGAAUUGCUAGCUUGUUAAAACUAGCGGUUAGCUUGUCGGAGAGCGUCUGAAGUAAUGCGACCGUGGUGUGUAGUUAGCUAUAGCAUAACGUUAGCUGUUGCCAGUUGCAUUAACGCUUCAAACAUCAUAAAAGAGAUUUUAAUUUGUGCUUUGUAUUUGAUUAACCUGCUGAACAACACGCGUUAGCAUCAGAAACGUGUGUUUGCCACAGAACUUAUUUUCUGCAAUGAUCAAAAUCCAAAGCAAAAAUCCCAUAGACGAAUUCUCAACAGACCCAGGGGUGAUGCUACUUCUGCUUUAUACGGCAUUAAGUUUGCUCUCCAUACGACCAAUAAUUACGUUUUAGACUGGCCUACACCAUCUUGUGGCAUGAUUGGAGGGGUCAAAUAAACGUCAGACUUUCACCCCGGAGAAUACGGUUCGUGUCCCAUGUUUAAAAAAAAGUAAAUGAUGUGAUUGAAACAUCGCGCCUCAAGCUUUGUGCAUCACGUAAUUUUAUCGUUUCCGGUAGGCACGUCAUUCUCGUAACUAUAUCACUUCCAGCAUUUAAGUCCAUUUAUUGACUGUUUGAACUGUCUUUUAUAACGCCUUACCAGGACGUUGUUUGCCCUAAACCUAGGUCAGUGGUUUUGUAUCCGAAAUUCAACGAAACUGCAGCCUUUUUUACAACCGCAAACCGUACGUGUAUGUAUGAUGACGUGUGCACUAUUUUUAGAACGUUGCGUUCUGUAACGCGAGCCGCUCUUAUGUGUCGUUAUGGGUGGUAUUAUGGGAGAAACGACCUGUUCUGUGGUUUAGGUUGGAGAUGUUGUUGUUUCUCUCAGCCCUACGUGAUGAACUUGACAGGGACCAUUAUGUCACAUUUCCAGUUAUUCUGACCCCAAUCAGCAUCGUGAUUGGUUCAAUUAUUGAUUUGUCACAUGUCCAGAACAACAGAAUAAAUAUACUCAUCUCAGGGUUUGUUUGGUCAGGAAAAGAAUGGAUCCAGCCAAAAAGAAACAAUGAAUGUAGCUGAAUGAAAGCAACACAAGCCGGUGCUGAACAUGGCUGUGAAAAUGGCGGCCUUCAUGAAAGCUCAUAUUUUAAUUCUUGGCUGUCAUAGGUGUUAUUUUAAACAUAUCAGUACAUAUUGUAAUGUUUCUUUAUUUCCUUGGUUGUCUUUUUACUUACCUGCUGCCUUUACAGUUGUGAUUAAUUUGUUCUGAUGUUAAAGAAUCUUCUUUAUUCCAUGUUUCCAUUAUUUUGUCCACCUCGUGUCCAGCACGGCGCAUAAUGAUGAAAGUGGGGCGACCUCCUUGGUUGGUGACCGACAUUUUGGAGAACUUGAAGUUAGAAAGUGACAGGGAGGAUGUUUUAUUCUCCUCUGUCUCUAGCUCCUCCUCCUCAUUUUUGUUCUCUUCCAGUUUAGCUUCCCAAAGGUGCAAUGACUCAGAUUAUGGAUCCAGUGAUACCUCCCAUGUUGCUGCAUUUAACUCUUUCUCAGUCAUCAAGGUGCAUGUGGCACAGUGGACAGGACGAUGGGCUCAGACAGAACACGACCGCUCUCUGAAUGGACGUCUCAAAGCUACUUCAAAGACUGAGGCUAAGUGAAUGUGUGUGGGUCUGCUUUUUAAUACGAGUCCACUCCUAUCCCUCAGCAAUCCACUGCUGAACUCUGUAACUGGGAUAACACACCCACAGUGGGACUGAGAAGGACCGCGAAGGACGCAAGGACAAGAAAAAUAGACUGGGACUUUUACGCAAAACAAACAAAAAAAAACCUAAUGAAAAACAACUAACGAUGUCAAUCUCAGCAGAGACCCAGAUAUCCUCUGAUCUCUGCCAUGUUCUUC